AUGCCGUCUAAUCUUUCUGAAUUUAAGCAAGUUGAUCUUCGUAUACGAACCCUCACAGCGAUCUUGCAAUCCAUGCACCAAGCAGAACCUGCACAGAGCACUCGGCGAGAUGUCCCUCCUCUUUUGCGCCACAUGGCAACUCUUCUCACUUGUGGGAGCAACAAGGACCCCAAGGCUGCACAGGUUGUUGCUAUCGCCGGAGUUGUUGAAGAAAGAAGCAUCAAAGCCUUGGUGGUGACCCAAAAUGCGGCAGCAAAGGAGUCAACACCAUUCUCGUUGAAGGGCCACCAGAUUGUGAAAUCGAAUGAAUCGUUCGACGCGAUAAUUUCAGGCCCGGCCAGUGUUCCCCUCGAACGACACAUUGUCGACCUCCUGGCUCUCUUACCAUCCUGCAAUCUGAACGAUGAGGUCCAGGUCGAGAGUCUCAUGACAUUCGUCACUAUGCGGAGCAUCCGCAAACUCCACGCGCGCUUGACAUCUGAUGAAAAGAUAUGGAAUAUCCGGGUCGCCCAGAUUCUGACAGAUUGGAAGCCUGCCGAAGGCGACUACCCUUUCGAACCUUUCUGGGUGAGCAAACCUGUAUGGCCUGUCAACAUCGACAGGAUGCGAUCCAUGAUGGAGAAAAGAGGCGAGGGCGACUCGGAGGAAUGGCUUUUCUCGAUGAAGUCUAUUGGGAUAUGGGCCAACACCCUCGGGACUAUGUUGUCCGUCCUUGAAUCCUACAUCAAGGAGUAUAAAGGCUUUCCUCAGGACCUUCGGGAGAAACCAAUGAAAGCGUCGAAAAGGCAGCUGAAGAAGGACGUUCAAGAGAAACUGGGGGAAAUUAACGCCAUCGUCUUUUCAUUGUACCGCUUCCUGACCAAACAUGUGCUAAUUGUGAAGAAAAUCCUAGCCCAGAAAUCCCUUGAGGCCAUGUUUCUGCAUCAAAAAGUUGACGUCCUCGAUGGCCAGCCGACGGGAGACCUUGACGAGCCGGAGGGAGAUCCUGACGAGCCGGCGAGAGACCUUGACGUGGCAGACGAAAUGGACGAUGAGCACCUAGAGCUAACGCCCGAGGGCCAGGAAACCGAAGGUAAUCGUGUUUAUAGGUACCUUCAGACAAUAGCUGCGUGGCAGGCGGCCAUAGAAAUCCUGCUCCAGCCGAAGUAUCGGGCUGUCCUAGCUAGCAUCUCUGUUGGCUUGGUUGAAGUUUCCGGAAGGGAAACAGGCUUGAUGAACCGCGACGAGUUUGCUGCAGCAUUCCUCGCAAGAGCCACUGCGACAUCCGAUGACGAAGUCGAAAUACGCGGCAUCCUUACAUCGUUUACUCCCACCCAGUUUGGCGGCACCAUUCACGCCGAGGCGAGUUUGAUGGGUCUUCUCGCCUACUUCUCGCACCCGGACACCACCACCGGCAAAUACAUCGAUGACAUGGAUGCUGAUGCAUUAAAGACACUCUUCGAGCCAGUGCUUGCAAUGGCUACUACGCCAACUAUUGGUGUAGGCAAGAAGUGUUGCUGGUGCUGCUACAAGCUUGCUCAGCUCCUGAAGGCACGCCAACAAGAAAUAUUACUUCCUGGCACGCAUGGGGUCUUGUACGCCUGGUGCCCACCUCGCGUUGGAGUUGACAUACAGGUACUCAAAAUAAUGGAGAAGGAAUUAUGGGAGAAACUGGAGAGGGUGGUAGCUCACAGACUUGCCCAGAGAUCCUUUGUGAAAACACACUCUCGUCAGAGUUCAGGAGAAUUGCAAAUGCUGCCUGCUCGUGCCUGCUUCUACGAAUUGUCUCGUACCAAGACCGUGAAAUCGUCCACUCGUGGACUCACGUUGUGA